UUACAUGUGAUAUGUUAUAUUUACAUUUCAUUAUUAAUAUAACAUAAUGUUUCAAAAUCUAAUGAAUAAUUACAUAUAUAUAUGUAUAUUAUAUAUAUAUAUAUAUGUAUAUAGAUGCAUGAUGCUGAUUGUUUAGAGUUUGGUGCUUUAACAGAAGAAAAAAUUCGUUUUUUAAGUCAACCUGAUGCAGAUUUCUCAGCGUUAGUAUUUCUAUUUCUUUUUUCUUUUUUUUUUUCCCUUCAUUCAAAGUAAUCUAUAAUCCAAAGUAAUGUAUAAAAUUUUCAUGUAUUCAAAAAAAUCAAAGUAAUAUCAUUUUUACUAUCAAUCGUAAUUAUGCAAUUUAUUUCUUUGUUAUAAAAAAUGGAAAAUCAUUGUCCUUUUAUAUUCACUAUAAUUAUUAUUAGAUUAUUUUCCUUUCUUAUUAUACAGAGAAAUGUUUGAAAGAAUGCACAUUACAAAUGAUAUAUCUCUUUACAAUGCAAAUACAUUAAGAGAUUCAGAAGAAUUUUAUAUACCAUUUGAUAGAGCUGAAAAGGAAAUGGUAAUAUCUCUUGUACGUGAUGAUUUAACCUUAAGAGAUGAGGAAUAUCGUACAGCAUUUAAAAAGGUAACAUUACCAGAUGUAACUGUGGAAGAAUUUAUGCCAGAAGGGAGUACUUAUUUAACACCUCGUAAAAGACAACCUUCUGAAAUAACACAUAUAGAAACACCAACCAAAAGAAGACGCGUAUGUAUUUUAUCACACAAGUAAAUUAUUAUUAGUAACUAUUAGGAAUAAUUUGAGAAUUAUUAUUUAAGUUAAGAUUCGAAGAUAUAACAGUUUCAAAUAAAGCUGAUAUUGCAACAAUACCAGAAACUGAAGUAGUUCCUGUUCCUAUUCCUACAUCAGACUUUUCUAUAGAACCAUUACAAAACUUGGAAUCAACGCAUGAAGAUCCACAACAGAUAAAAAUAAAAUCAAAAAGAAAGAGAAAAUUGGCUGAUAAAAAUACAAAACUCAAUCAUAAAGUAAUAAGAAAGUGGAUAAGUAAUAUCAAUGCCGAAACUAUUGUAAGUUCAUUCAGAUUUUGUGUACAAGAAUGAAUUUACAUUAUAUAAAUGAAUUAAUGCAUAACAUUAAUCAUCCACUGUUAUUUUUUAGCCAUUAAGUAUAAAUAAUGUGAAUAUAUCAACAUUAGAAAUUCUUUUUCAAGCAGCACCAGCAAGAUUUCUUUCUAUUCGCAAAAACAAAUGGAAUAGUCCCUUAAUUAAACUUUUCAAUGUGCACGUUGCUAUAUCAUCUACGAGGAAGAAAGCACAAAUGGAAUUUCCAUUGCUAGAAAAAUGUAUUGCCUGUAUAAAAAAACAAAUUUUAUUAUUUAUCAAUUAUUUUAAUCUAAUGAUAACAUAAUGUAAAUUUCUAGCUGCUGAAAUUUUACGUUUGAUAGAAAGAAGCAAUAAGUCUGAUGAAUUGCUUGCUGAAUUAUCUGCGAUAAAGUCCAUUGAUGCAAAUGGAAAAUCUAUUAAAGAAACUAGUGUUCGUGAAUUGGAAAGUUCACAGCAGGAAUUAGUUAUCUCAAAUGUCGAACAACAAAUAGAUUUACAAAGCAUUGAACAAGACUUUGGUCUAUUAAAUAUUGCACGAAAUGGAACAGGUCCUGACUUGACAAUCCAUGAAAAAAAAAUAGAUCAGUCGUAAGUUUAAAAAUUUACUAUAAAUGCGAAAUAUCAUUUAUAAAAUGUAUUUUCAUUUUUAAUAUAAAUAUAGUGAACAUCAUAUAUAUAUAUAUAUAUGAUUAAUUAUGUAUAAUUACAAUAUAAUUAAGUUCAUAUAUAUUUAAUUGUUACUGCUAAUUAUAAUAUUACAGCUUCUAAAAAUAACAUGUGUUUACUUAUUUAUUUUCUCUUUUUAGUCAGGAAACUAUUAAACUCUCGCAGUCAUGUAUGUUAACAAAAUUGGAUUUGCUUGCACUCUUAGAAGUUCUCUGGCAUGAUACAGAAUUAGUUCGAUUCAUUGACGUUAUUCCACCUGGUCAAUAUAGUAAAGCCGAUGCGGCAUAUUGUUAUUUACUACUUUUAGGUAAACUCUUAUUAUUUUUAAAUACAAAGUAUUUUUAUAAUAAAAAAUUAAUGUUAAAAAAAAAAAUUCUCUUUUUUAGAAUUACAUCAAGAAAAAAAGAUUACUUUAAAACAAGCUGUGCCUUAUGAU